CAUACCUACAUCUAGGUAUUUAGUAGUGAAGUCCCCGAGCCUCUUUUCAUUUCUGCUCACGAUAUAGCAGAUUUCUACGAUGUCUAUCAAUACUCAUUCCCUCUACGCGCUGUCUCGCGAUCCUGAUAGCCUAUUUGCGCUUUCUGACGAAGAGCUGCUAUUUCUCAUCUAUGCCGAUUUUAAAGAUGAGCUAGGUCGUCUUAUGCGCGCAUACUCCGUAGGCGGAGUAGAUGAUACUAGACCAUCAUCGAGGUCGCCUUCGUUAAUUUUAUAUAAAAAAGAUUACGACGAAGUUAAUCGCACCCUCACCGGACUUCUAACUUUGAAAUGGACUUGGAAUAAACAAUACGAUACCCUAGUCUCAAACCAAGCCGAAGCGUUGAGAUUAUCUCGCAAGUCAUUCGAAUGGAUGUACACAUUCUACAAAGAAUCGUUUUCAAAUCCAUCCUAUCCAAAUGAGCUAUAUUCCCUUAUUACUUCUAUAGUAGUGAAUGAUAUAGGGAAGGAUGACCGGGUUGCUUUGGACUACGAGAAAGAGACCGGUGAAAAUAUCUCCAACCAAAAUCAUGAUAUGAUUCUCAUCAAGGCUGUCAAAGCCGGCCUUAUAAAGUGCCUGAAUCCCACCGAUCCGGCGUGCCAUCUCGCGCAGGAAGACAGAGAUGACAUCAUUCGUGGCAUGGAACUGGGAGCCGAAUUCAACUUUGGACAGUUAGCUCAAGCAGAGAAUGCCCCCGCAUGUCUGGCCGGGCUCGCGAAUAUGAGAGGUCACGCGCGCAGUUUUCGGCUUCGAUUUGAGGAGCAGCUGCUAGACAUCGCGGGCGCGGCUGGUCAUCUGGACUGGACCUGCGCAAAAAAGCUGACUCAGUCCAAUUUCGACGCUUACCGCACCGUCUACGACGUCGGAACGGGCAUAAUUUCAAAGGGAUUAAGUUUACGAGCUGGCUACGAUUUGGUAUUGAAGAGCCGACUUAACCUGCUUAUCGAAAAGGAAUUUAGACCACUCGACCUGAAUAUGGAAGACGAUCGGGCUCUAGCACGACUUUUAUGUAUGGGUAGCGUCGCCGAUCUAAGAACUGCUGAACUGUACAACCGCGCAUGGAUAUCUCUCGAAGACGAUGUCAGGAAGUCUUUGCGAGAAUCACUCAACAUCGAUGGCUCGGUUGCCCAGCCUGCAGUGCAAGUCACGUACAUCCCAGCUCUCAUAACCCAAGCUGUUGAUGCUGCCGGUCCAGGAGGCCAUGAAAUGAAAGAAAAAGCCAUGCGAAGUGCGCUCCGCUAUUUGUGCAGAGUCAUGUCUGCUCCCGGCAAGCCGGCUGGUCCCGUGAGCGUUAUCGAGCGGAAUGUCCUACCUGUACUCAAAAAAGUGGUACAGAGUCCGGAAUUCCGCGAGAACCCUAUAAUCCUAGAAUCGGCUGCUAUACCGGAAAGCCUGAUCGCGAAGAUAGAAGAAAUGUAACAGCCUAAAAGAAGUUAUUCGUAUGAUUUUAGUUUGUCUUCUUAAUGGUUGAUUAUUCCACGGCGUUAUUUGGCUUGGCAAAUGCGGGUAUAGGUACCUACCUAGAUACCUAUGAAAGGGAUGAUAUCACUAUGAAGUAACGGUUGGGUUAUAGAUUUUACGCACUCGAGUGCUUUAUUACCUAGGAUAGAUACCUAUGGGUUGACUUUUUCUCCCUACAUUUUAGCUUUCGUUGCCCCGUCUGUACACUGCGCGUUCCAAAUUUUCUCCUAUGC